UAUGAAGAAUAAUUAUGUCAAAGAAAAUUUCUAAAGACCUCAUGACUAUUUGGAUGGGACAUAAGAUGAAUUGAGAGGCAAAAUUAAGAUCUUAAUGAAUAAAUUAUAAAUAACAAAGAAAGAAAAAGAGAUAUUAACAAAGGAGAAUCAAAAUCUAUAAUAAGAAAUAUUAUAAAUGUAAUCUAAUCUUAGAUGUAUGGUUUCUGGAUUUGCAAAUACAAGCAUUACAUUUCCUAUGGCAAAUGAAUUAAGUAAUUCAAUAGCAGAAUUUUACAAAUGUGAAUGUUUUGAUAUUUUUUUUGAUGUUUUAAGUCAAGAAUUAAACAUGAAGGGAAUUAUUUAUUUUUUCUAAACUGCAAUGUAUCGAAUAGAUAAAAUAAUUAAUGAUUAUUUUACACCCUUAUUCAAAAAUAUUAAAGAUGUAAUUUAUUUAAUAUAUUUAAAAGGUUGGUUGUUUAAUUACAAUAGAUGGACCUAUUAUAAAUGUAUUGAGAAAGUCAUUUCAAAGUAAUUACAAAUAAAUUUAUGAAAAAUGCAUGCUUAAUUUAGGUAAUGUAACUAUAGAAUUGUAAAAAAGUUUAAAGUUAAACAAUUAAGAUAUAAUUGAAUAAUUUUUAAGUAAAUAGUAUAAUUUGAUAUUGUUAGAUAAAUUAUCAGAAAUAAUGUUUAAUUGUUAUAUAAGUGAUCCAAAUUUAUAGUUUGAUAUCUAAUCAAUUGGAUAAAGACAAUAAUUUAAUUAAAGUAAGAAUGAUCCUAUUGAUGGAUUUAUCAAAAAUAAAGAAGAAUGUAUUAUUUUAAUGCCAGGAGUAUAUAAAAAUUAGGAAUAAAUGGCAAAGUCUUUAGUAUUAUCAUAUUCCUAUUAAUUAGAAAAUAACUGA